CAAGAAGAAAAAAACAAAAGAAAAAGAGGGAGAACUAUAGGCUGUCAACUUUGAAGACAGGGAUGUAGCAAGCAAAGCUACACUUUGCUGGAUAACCAUUUGUAGGAGGGGACACAAGGAUAAAUUUACUCUACAAACCAUCUGUCUAAYUUUUUAGACCUUCCCCUGUCCCUGUGUUUCGCUGCACCAGGCCGAUGGAGGUUUCAUCACAGCUGAGUCUAUAUUGGUGGUGCUGAGCUCAGCCCAGUGAGCUCAUCUCUUGUCGUAGAAAAUAAAUAAUCAUCAAUCACGCUUAGUGAUAAAUAAGGACAUGGGGGACAAUAAGGCAGUAGGAGUAGUAGCAGCUGCAAGUACUUUUAACAAGAACCGUUUGCACGUGGUGAAGGGUUUGGAGGAUGUGGAGGUGUCCGAGUGUGAGGGCUGCUCCUUCGAGGUCACUCUCAACCUGGCUUACAUAGAGGGCGUGUGGAGCAGGGAUGGGAUGCGGGUCAAAUCCAGGCCAAGUUGUCGCAUCAGCAUGCAUGGGAAGAAACACACCCUCUUACUGACACGAGUGGCUUUAGGAGAUGGAGGUUUGUACACGUUCCAGGCUAACGGCAUCCAGACAUCAGGCCGUCUCAGUGUCAAAGCUAGGGACAUACACAUUGUAAAAGAGCUGGAGGAUGUUGAAACAACUGAGCGUCAGCCUGUGAGCUUCAUCUGUGAGGUCAACCAGGUGGAUGUGGAYGGCCGUUGGUACCGUGACGACUGCCGAAUCCGACCUGGGGACAACAUCAAGAUCAGGCACCAGGGUAAAACUCACUCCUUGUUCUUCAAGUCAGUCCGACCAGAACACGCCGGCGAGAUCAGGUUCACAGCAGAGCGYGUCUCAUCUUAUGCCACUCUCUCAGUACAUGAGCUACCAGUCCAAAUAGUUCGUCCUCUCAGGGUCAAGAUUGCCAUGUAUCACCACAGAGGUCUACUGGAGUGUCAGGUGUCCAGGCCUAAUGCUCAGGUCAGAUGGUACAAGAACAGGAAGGAGCUCCUAUCCGGUAAAAAGUAUCAGCUGAUCAGCCAAGAUGUCUACAGACAGCUGACGAUCGAAGAUGUCUGCUCCUCAGAUGAAGACAUCUACACAUGUGAUGCGGUAGAUGACAAAACAUCAUGCCAGCUUCUGGUGGAGGAGCAGGCUAUCUGCAUAGUGCGCGGGAUGCAAUCAGCAAGGGUGAUGGAACCAGAACCCGCCCUGUUCCAGGUAGAAACCAACCUAAAGUCGGGGAGGCCCCCAAAGUGGACCCUGAAGGGAGAGAUUCUGGAGCCCUGUGCAGGAGUGAACAUUGACAGGGAGGGAAACCUCCACAGUCUUUGCUUCACCACCACAGASAGCUCCAUGUCAGGGCCUGUGGUCUUUGUGGCUGGCAAGAGUCGUUCCACUGCUCAGCUUACUGUCAAAGAGCGACCUCUUGAGGUUGUUCGCCACCUGGAUGAUGUGGCAGCAAAGGAGAGCAGCUCUGUGACUCUGAGGUGCGAGUUUGCCCCCUCUCCCAGGGUGGUCCGCUGGUUUAAAGGUCGCACAGCUCUGAAGACUUCCAAUAAGUACGCCAUGAAACGAGAAGGGAAACGAGCAGAGCURAUCAUCCAUGGCUUGAUAGGGAUGGAUGCGGGGCAGUAUCACUGCAUGGCUGGAGGUGCACAGAGCACAGCACAGGUCAAGGUAGAAGUGAAAACACUGAACUUGGUCAAACACCUCGAGCCAGUGGAAAUCGAGGAAGACGGCAUUGCCACUUUUUCAUGUGAGCUUAAUUAUGUAGUUGCUAAUGCAGAAUGGCUUCUUAACAAUGUCCGACUCGGUUCCAACUCCAUCAGCCGGAUCCAACACAUGGGCACAAUGCACAGACUUAUAAUGCACAAGCUUAGACCGCAGGUGAGCAGGAUCACCUUCAAAGCUGGUCUCCUGACUGAGACAACCGCCCUAAAGGUCAAGGAGCGCCCAGCAGUGUUCCUCAGAUCUUUGGAGGAUGUAGUUGGAGAGGAGCAAGGAGAAGUUUGUCUGCAGUGUGAAACUUCCAAAGAUGCUGUGACACCUGUUUGGAGGAAGGAUGGUACGGUCCUGACACCUGAUGAGAAACACCAGCUUGUUCACUCUGGGAAGUCCUUAGCACUGAUCAUCCACUCGCUGAGUAAAGACGAUGCUGGACAUUACACCUGUGACCUGGGCACCAGUCAGUCCACAGCUAAAGUUGUAGUACAUGACCUACGCAUUACCAUCGUCCAGCGAAUGAAGACAGCCUCAGUUCAUGAAGGUGAAAGCUGCACCUUUGAGUGUCAUCUGUCUCAUGAUGUUGAUGAUGAGCCCACUUGGACGAUCAAUGGCCAGCUGGUGGUUACCAAUGGUCACAUUCAGUUAGUGAGCGACGGCCGCAAGUACAAGAUGACCAUUAGAGAUGCUGUGCUCACGGACGCUGGAGAUGUGGUCUUCACAAUUAAAGAUCUAAGUUGUAGGACCAUGCUGUUUGUCAAAGAGAAGCCRGUGCACAUCUUCAGGGAUGUGCUGAAUGUCAAGGCCGUGCCCGGGGAGGACGCAGAGCUGAGCUGUGAAAUCACCAAAACAGAAGUCACCAUCCGUUUGCUGAAAAACGGUCAUCUCAUCCGGCAGAACCCCAAAUACGUCAUGAGCGUGGAAGAACAUCUGGCGCGACUGGUGAUCAAGAACGCCACCAUCAAAGACUCUGGAGAAUACUGCUGUGAGGCUGAAGGUGUUGCCUCUCGCGCUAAGCUGGAGAUCAGAGAACUCCAGCACACGUUUGUUCGGGAGCUGACGGACACUCGAGCAGAGGAGAAAGGUAAGGUGACCCUGGAGUGCGAGACCAGGCGGCCAGCCAAGCGUGUGACCUGGCUGAAGGGCAUGGUGGAGCUCAGGUCUGGGAAGAAGUACGUCAUCAAGCAGAAGGGAGCGGUUCUGUCACUAACCAUCACCUUUUUAGAGAAAUCAGAUGCAGAUCUUUACACGUGUGAUGUUGGUACCAUGCAGAGCCGGGCACACCUGACCGUACAGGGUCAGAAAGUGUUGAUCUUGGAUGAAUUAGAAGAUGCAGAGUGUCUUGAGGGUGAAACGGUCACCUUCAAAUGUCGAAUCUGUCCCAGUGAUUUUAUGGGGGUGAAGUGGUAUCUGGAUGAGACUCUGCUUUACACCAAUGAGCUCAAUGAGAUUCAGAUGGUUUCAGGGGGCAACCAYACCCUCACGUUCAGGCAGCUGGCUCGUAAAGACACUGGCACCAUUACAUUUGUCGCAGCGGACAAAAGAUCCUAUGCUUCGCUGUUGGUUAGAGAAAGGCGUCCUACUAUUAUCAAAGCACUGGAGGACUGUGAGGCCAUUGAGGGAGGUGGUUUGAUUUUGUCCUGUGUGACUUCCAAGCCRUGCCACAUUGUUUGGUACAAAGACAGCUGCAUGAUGUGGCACUCCUCCAGGUACUUCACCACUCGGUCGGACUGUGAAGCUCGACUGACCAUUCGGGAGGUCAGCAGCAGUGAUGCUGGAGUGUACGAGUGCAGUGCUGGAUCUGUAACAACAAGGGCUGUCGUCACUGUCAAAGCCAUCCCAGCAGAAUUCACCCAGCUUUUAAAAGCCAUGGAAGCCAAAGAGGGAGAAACUGUUACAUUAACCUGUGAAUACUCUCUGCCGGGGGUCCAGUUCCACUGGAGGAGAGGUUUUGAGAGCAUCAGGUCUGGAGACAAAUAUGUGAUGAAACAAAGAAAAACCAUCAUUUUACUUACCAUCAAAGCUCUGUCACCUGCUGACUCAGGAGAAUACACAUGCCAGUGUAGACAACACCACACAACAGCAAGCCUCAAAGUACAUGCUAUCCCCAUCACAUUUGUUCAGCAGCUGAAGAACCUGCAGGCCGAGGAGGGCAGCAGCGUCAUUCUGCGCUGUGAAAUUUCAAAACCUGGACUCCCGGUGGAAUGGAGGAAAGGACACGAGCUGCUGACAAACAGUGUCAAGCACCAGAUAAGGAAACGGGAGACCACCUUGGAGCUGUUGAUCUGGAAGCCUGUGCCUGAGGACAGCGGGGUCUACAGCUGUGUGUGUGCUGAUCAGAUCACAUCUGCCACGGUCAACAUCACUGCUUUACCAGUCAUCUUCAAGCAGAAGCUGAGGAACACGCUGAUCGAAGAGGGCAGCACUGCAACACUGCGCUGUGAGCUGUCCAAGCCUGGUCACGCUGUAGAGUGGAGAAAAGGGGGGGAUGAAGUCAUCAGGAAUGGGGAGAAGUAUCACCUGAAGCAGAGAGAUGCGCUUGUAGAGCUCCGGAUCUUUGAUGUAACACCUGAAGAUGGYGACAUCUACACAUGCCUCUGUGGGAACACAGAGACGACGGCCACUCUGACUGUGAACGUGCUGCCAGUUACCUUCAAGCAAAAGCUGAAAAACCUUCAAGUGGAGGAAGGGCAGAACAUCACACUGCAUUGUGAGAUCUCUAAACCGGCUAUCCCGGUGGAGUGGAGGCUUGGAGGAGAGCAGCUGGAGAAUGGAGAGAAGUACCAGAUAAAGCAGAGGGACUCUGUCCUGGAGCUGACCAUCAGAGAUGCUGCUCCGGAGGACAGCGGCAUCUACACCUGUGUGUGCAGGGAGCAGAAAACAAAAGCCACUGUAAAAAUCAUCGCUGUUCCCCCCACAUUUAAAGUGAGCCUGAAAAGCCAGGAAGUUGAAGAAGGKAAUAGUGUGACAUUAAAAUGUGAGCUUUCAAAGAAAGGAGUGCCAGUUCAGUGGCAGAAACAAGGCCAGCUGCUGUCAGAGGAGGUGUCAUGUGGAAGGUACCAGAUGAAGCUGGAAGGAAAGAAAGUUCUCAUGACAAUAGUCAAUGUGCAACCAGACGAUGCAGGGAAGUACAGCUGUAUCGCAGGAGAUGAGAAAACCUCAGCUGAAGUCCGAGUAAAACCACUUCCUGUCACCUUUAAACGGGAGCUCCAGCCCCUGGUUCUGAAGGAAGGCGACAGUGCUGUUUUCUGCUGUGAGCUCUCCAAAUCCGAAGCUCCCGUGGAGUGGAGAAAAGGCCGCGUCAUCCUGAAGCCCGGACAGAAAUAUGAAAUGAAACACGAGGGCCGUCUAACCAAACUGAUCAUCAACGACGUGGAGGAGAGCGACGUCGGCAUAUACACCUGCAAGACUAAAGACAGCCAAUCAUCUGCCGAGCUCACGGUCAAAGCUCUCCCGCCAAGCUUCAAGGUUAUAUUAACAAACCAGGAGGUGAUGGAGGGCAAAAGCGUGGUUCUGCACUGUGAGCUCAACAAACCUGCUUCCUUAGUGGAGUGGAGGAAAGGAGGAGAAGUGCUCAAGAAUGGAGAAAAGUACCAGAUGAGGAAGAAAGACUUGCAGGUGGAGCUGAAGAUCGCRGACCUCACUGUGGAGGACACUGGAGAUUACUCCUGUGUUUGUGGAGAGCAGAGGACAACGGCUAUGAUCAGUGUGACGGAAAGACUCAUUAAGUUCCAUCAAAAGCUAAAGAGUAUUCAGGUGCAGGAAGGCAAUGGUGUGACACUCUGUUGUGAGCUCUCCCAACCGGGAGUCCCAGUAACGUGGAAGAAGGAAGACAUCGUGCUAACCAGUGGUGACAAAUACCAGAUGAGGCAAAGCGGCUCCAGGCUGGAGCUUCUCAUCAGGAAAAGUCUCCCUGAGGACAGUGGCACAUACAGUUGCAUUUGUGAUGACAUGAAAACCUCGGCAACCGUCAUCAUUACAGGAAUCCCAGUGACUUUCAAGCAGAAGCUGAAGAACCAGGAAGCUGUGGAGGAGGAUGACGUGAUGUUACGCUGCGAGCUUUCUAAACCGGGGGUGCYAGUGGAGUGGAGGAGAGAUGCUCAGCUCCUGAAAGAUGGAGAAAAAUAUCAAAUAAAGCAAGAGGGCCGAGUGGCAGAGCUGCUAAUUAGAAACUUAACUCUGGCAGAUGCUGCAGAGUACAGCUGUUCUGCUGGAACUGCUGUGACGUCAGCAGACAUCAGAGUUAGAGCUAUUCCUGUAACAUUUAAGAAGGAAGUUGAGAAUWUGGAGGUGAAGGAAGGGGACAGUGCGGUUUUCUGCUGUGAGCUCUCUAAACCUGGAGCUCCUCUGGACUGGAGGAAAGGCAGAGUCAUCCURAAACCUGGCUACAAAUACGAGAUGAAACAAGAGGGCUGUCUCACCAAACUGAUCAUCAACAAUGUGGAAGAGGGCGAUGCUGGCAAAUACACCUGCAAAACCGAAGACAGCCAAUCAGCUGCUGAGCUCACAGUCAAAGCGCCACCUGUUACAUUUAAGACGAAGCUGAGGAACCAGCAGGUGGAGGAGGAGAACAGCCUCACACUGAGCUGCGAGCUGUCCAAACCCGGCCUCGCUGCUGAGUGGAGGAAAGGAAAAGAGCCGCUGAAGAACGACUUCAAGUAUCAGAUUAAAAGUCGGAACAGCAUCAUGGAACUGACCAUYAAAAAUGCACAACUGGAGGACAGCGGUAUCUACAGCUGCAACUAUGGAGACGUCAAGACCACAGCUAAUGUCACAGUUACACCCAUUCCACUCACAUUUAAAUCUGGCCUGAAGAACCAAGAGGCCCCUGAAGGAGGCAAAGUGUGUCUGCGCUGUGAGCUGUCCAGAGCCGGGGUGCCCGUGGAGUGGUGGAAGGGGGAGGACCAGCUCUACCACGGAGGACGAAUCCAGAUGGCACUGAAAGGGAAGGUAGCCGAGAUGACCAUCAGGAACAUACAGCCAGAGGAUGUUGGAGAAUACAGCUGCAUGUUUGGAGGACAGAAAACAACAGCUGAAGUUAAUGUGAAAGCGGCAGCGUCUGUAUUUUUUGAGAAGGAACUGCAGAACCAAGCGGUGAUGGAGGGGAAGUCUGUGCUGAUGUCUUGUGAAGUUUCCAGUCCGAACGUUCCCGUCGCUUGGAAGAAAGACAACGGGGCGGUGGAAGAAGGUGGGCGUUUUGUUGUAAAGAAAAACGGUCCCGUGCACACCCUGGAGAUUAAAAAGCUGCAGCUGGAGGAUUCUGGAGAGUACAGCUGUAUCACCAGAGGCAAGAAGACCACAGCGAGGCUGAUUGUGAGGGAGCGUGUUCGGAUUGUUAAAGAGCUGCAGGACAUCAAGGUGACGGCAGGAGAGGAUGCUGUGUUUGUGUGUGAGCUAAGCCAUUCAGAUGUGGCAGAGGGCGUCUGGUGGCUCGCUUCAAGCCCCCUGCAGAAGAACGAGAUGAACCAGAUGACAUACCAAGGCCGACAGCAGCGCCUUGUCCUGAAAAUGACGACAACCGAAGAAACGGGCACUGUGGAAUUUAUAAUUGGGGAGGAGAGGGCUUCCGCUCAUCUGCUAGUUGUUCCUAAGCCUAAAGUUUUAUUCGAGGAAAAGCCCAAAGACAACGUGGUCGUAGAAGGACAGACGGCUACUUUGUCUUGCACCACGUCCGACUCCUCCACAAUGGUUACCUGGAGACGCAAUCACAUCCCUCUUCGAAAAAGUGAUAAAUAUGAGUUGCACAAGCAGGGCAAAGUCAACCUGCUGCUCAUCCAUGAUGUGGAGCCUCAAGAUGCCGGCAUAUACUCUUGUGAUACAGGAGAUGUACAGAGCAGUGCCAAGCUCACUGUAACAGAGCUCCCUGCAUUCUUUCAGGAAGGGCUGCAGAGUGUGGAAGCAGAAGAAGGAGGUUCAGCGUCCUUCUACUGUGAGCUGUCGAAGCUCGGAGUGCCGAUUCAGUGGAAGAGGGAUGGGAUGCCUAUAAAAGCGAGCAGGAAGUAUGAGAUGAGGCAAGAUGGAUGCUUCCUCCAGCUUUACAUCAAGGAGCUGASGCUUGAGGAUACAGGCACCUACUAUUGUCAAGCAGGAAGUGCAGAGACCACUGCCACCAUGUCUGUGAAAGAGAUUCCCCCAUUUUUCAAGAAAGAAUUAAGAGGUGUAGAGGCUGAGGAGGGAGGUGUGGCCACCCUGCAGUGUGAACUGUCUAAAUCGGGGGUGUCGGUUCAGUGGAAGAAGAACAGACUACCCCUUAGAGCAAGCAGAAAGUAUGAAAUGAAACAAGAUGGCUGCCUCAUCCAGCUUUUCAUCAAUGACCUCAAACCUGAAGACAGUGGCAGCUACACGUGUCUGGCAGGAAGCACAGAAACUAUUGCACAGGUGUUAGUAAAAGAACUCCCACCAUAUUUCAAAAAUGACCUCCAGAACGUAAAAGCUGUGGAGGGGGAAACGGCCUCGCUGUUCUGUCAAGUUUCCAAACCUGGAGUGUCCGUGCAGUGGAAGAAGAACAAACAUCUUCUGAGAGCAAACAGGAAGUAUGAGAUGAAGCAGGACGGCUGCCUUGUUCAGCUUGAUAUCAAGGAUCUUAAACAAGAGGACAGCGGCAGCUACACCUGUCAAACAGGAACUGCAGAGACCUCGGGAACUGUGUCAGUGAAAGAACUCCCAGUAUUCUUUAUAAAAGAGUUACAUCACAUGGAGGCUGAGGAGGGAGGUACAAUCUCCCUGUGCUGUGAGCUGUCCAAGCCUGGAGUGUCCGUGCAGUGGAAGAAGAAUAGGACACCUCUGAGAUCCAGCAGGAAGUAUGAGAUGAAGCAAGAAGGCUGCCUCCUACAGCUCAACAUUAAAGAUCUCAGUCUUGAGGACGGCGGCAGCUACACCUGCCAAACAGGAGGUGCAGAGACCACUGCAGCUGUUUCAGUGACAGAGCUCCCAUCAAUCUUUAAGGAGAAUUUGAAAGAUGUGGUGUUCGAGGAGGGAGGUACAGCCUCUCUGGUCUGUGAGGUAUCUAAACCAGGUGUACCAGUACAAUGGAGGAAGAACAGGCUCCCACUGAGAGCGAACAGGAAGUACGAGAUGAAGCAGCUUCCUCCCUUCUUCAAGAAAGAAUUAUUAGAGUUGRAGGCUGAGGAGGGAGGUACAAUCUCCUUGUGCUGUGAACUAUCCAAGCCUGGAGUCUCAGUGCAGUGGAAGAAAAACAAGACAUCUUUGAGACCCAGCAGCAAGUAUGAGAUGAAGCAAGAGGGCUGCUUCAUUCAGCUUAAUAUCAAAGAUAUCACACCUGAGGAUAGUGGCAGCUACACCUGUCAAACAGGAAGUGCAGAGACCACUGCAGCUGUUUCAGUGAAAGAACUCCCACCAGUCUUUAAGGAGAAUUUGAAAGAUGUGGUGUUCGAGGAGGGAGGUACUGCCUCUCUGGUCUGUGAGGUAUCUAAACCAGGUGUACCAGUACAAUGGAGGAAGAACAGGCUCCCACUGAGAGCGAACUGGAAGUACGAGAUGAAGCAAGAUGGCUGCUUCCUCCAGCUCCACAUCAAGGACCUCACACCUGAAGACAGUGGCAGCUAUUCAUGUCAAACAGGAAGUGCAGAGACCGUGGCUAACGUGACAGUGAAAGAGCUUCCUCCUUUCUUUAAGAAAGAGUUAAAACGUGAGGAGACUGAGGAAGGAGGUACAGCAUCACUGGUGUGUGAAGUGUCUAAGCCUGGAGUGUCGGUGCAGUGGAAGAAAAAUAAGGUGCCAUUAAAAACCAGCAGGAAGUAUGAGAUGAAACAGGACGGCUGCAUAGUUCAGCUCAACAUCAAGGAUCUCACACCUGAAGACAGUGGCAGCUACACCUGUCAAACAGGAAGUGCAGAGACCACCGCAGAGUUGUCAGUGAAAGAGYUCCCACUGAUCUUUAAGAAAAAUUUGAAAGAUGUGGUGUUCGAGGAGGGAGGUACAGCCUCUCUGGUCUGUGAGGUAUCUAAACCAGGUGUACCAGUACAAUGGAGGAAGAACAGGCUCCCACUGAGAGCGAACAGGAAGUACGAGAUGAAGCAAGAUGGCUGCUUCCUCCAGCUCCACAUCAAGGACCUCACACCUGAAGAUAGUGGCAGCUAUUCAUGUCAAACAGGAAGUGCAGAGACCGUGGCUAACGUGACAGUGAAAGAGCUUCUUCCUUUCUUCAAGAAAGAGUUAUUAAGUGUGCAGGCUGAGGAAGGAGGUAUAGCAGCGCUGGUCUGUGAAGUGUCCAAGCCUGGAGUGUCGGUGCAGUGGAAGAAAAAUAAGGUGCCAUUAAGAACCAGCAGGAAGUAUGAGAUGAAGCAGGACGGCUGCCUAGUUCAGCUCAAUAUCAAGGAUCUCACACCUGGGGACAGCGGCAGCUACACCUGUCAAACAGGAAGUGCAGAGACCACUGCAGCUUUGUCAGUAAAAGAGCUUGCUCCAUUCUUCACCAAAGAAAUACAAAGUAUAGAGGCUGAAGUGGGCAAUACAGCUACCAUGUGCUGCGAGUUAUCCAGACCUGGAGUGCCUGUUCAUUGGAAGAAGAACAAUCUGCCCCUGAGAGCCAGCAGGAAGUAUGAGAUGAAACAAGAUGGCUGCUUCCUACAGCUGCACAUUAAGGAGCUCAGGUCUGAGGACAGUGGUAACUAUUCUUGCCACGCUGGAACUGCGGCGACCUGUGCAGCUGUGCACAUAAAAGCCCAACAAACAGCUCCAUCAAAAGCAGACUCUACCUCAGUACUUCCACAGACAAAAGAUGCUGUUUCUAAACCAGCUCCUGAUUCAGAGAAAGUCAGAAUCAGCCUGUCAGAGUCUAAACCUGCUCCACCUGAGCCCAAAAAGAGGACAAACAGGAGAAUGUCUAUUACAAAUUCAGACAAUGAUGUGGAACCACAUUUUGACCUAAAGGCAUCUUUGCUGAAAGAGAAUGAAGACCAAAAGGGCAUCCAGCACAUGAAAUCAACAGAUAAACAGACUAAGGUUGCACAGAAUGUCACACAAGUAGAAAGAAAUAAAGAAACUGACAAUGGUGUGAACAAGAAAGAUGCUAAGUCAGUGAAAGCAAGCAUGAAGACUGCAGAGCCAACUGGAUAUGCAGACACAGACAAAGAAGCUUUCUUGGAAGGGAACCAACCAGAGGUGAAUGCAAGGGAAAGUGUUGAUUUAGACCCUAAAAUAAGUCAGCCAGAGAGACAUUUGGGCAAAARCUUGAUUGAACUAAAACAGGUGGGAAAAGAUUAUGAAACAAAAAAGAGUUUGAAACUGCAAGAAACAACAAAUGUAGUUAAUCAACAGAUGAAACAACUGGCAACAAUAUAUACAGACAGUCAGGAUGAUAAACACCUUGAGAAAACACAAGAGAAAGUUAAUGGGAAAGAAACGACUGAUCAAAAUGCUCCGUCUUUAGAAAGAAUGAGUAAAUUAGAAAAGAUGGAAGAGGUGCCUUUAAUACCACCAGCAAGAAUGAAAGGAAAGGUAACAUAUGGAGUCAAGUGUAAUUCAAAAGACACAGAGGAUAUCCUUCCUCAAGUCAUAAAGGCUGCAGAAGACCACAAACAGACAGAAAUGGAGAGAGAGGAAGCAACGCUGAAACUAACAACCUCUGUAAAUCAGCUGGAAAAACAGGCAGUGAAAAAACAAGAAACGCUGAUUGAAAAGGUUUGUGAAUUUGCCUUUCCAAAGCCACCUACAAGGACAAAAGGCAAAGCAAGAAAAGAAAUGGAAAAACAACUUUCAAGGGACACAGAGACAGAUCAAGACGAGCAAGAACCAAGAAACAUGACAGAUUCAGUUGGAGAUAAAACUAUAAAACAAGUAAUAAAGACAAAAAAGACUGAAGACAAACCAGGAUUAGAGGGGAACCAGUCUGUUGUAACGGACAAUAAAACUCUGAAUAAAGUAAAGCAGCCAAUCAAGCAGCCCAUUAAACCAAUUAGAAAAGAACAAGAAGCAGUUCAGCAAGUGAAGUCGUCUGUAGAACCGAUGAGAAGAGAGGAAGAACAACACACAUCAAAGAAGGCGGAAGAUGUUCCGCUUCUCUACAUUUCAGAAGAUGAAACGUUCUCAGAGGCACUGACUGAGCUACCACCUAACCACGUCCAUCCCAUUGUUGCUGAUGAGGGGCAUCCAGGAGAGCUGCCUCUCCAGGAGGUACAGCCACUAAAGCAGUCUCUUCUAGAGGCUGAUGAUGAAGCCCAAAUGCAAGAGGCUGCAGUCAAGAUCCAAGCAGCUUUCAAAGGCUUCAAAACCCGCCGAGACAUGAAGCCAACUUUUAAAGAGGUAUUCAAAAACCAGAAUGCAGAUCUACAUGGUACACUCACUYUAAAGUGCAUCGUAGAAGGGAAACCCAGCACAGUGCACUGGUUGAAAAAUGGCCAGCAUAUCGCAAACGAUCYGCGUUACCGGGUUGAAACUUCCGAUAAUGGAGAAUGCACACUCGUAAUCAAAAACUUAACCAACAGCGAUAGUGGAGUUUACACCUGUGAGGUGGCAAACAAGUUCGGUGUGACCUCCUACAAUGGAAACAUAACUGUAGUAAAAACAACGCAACCUGCCAAUGCGCCCCAGAAGCCGGUACACCCACCGCUGGCUGCUAUAACUCCUUUGCAGCUUGCGCCAAUAAAACCUGAAGCUAAAGCUGAAACACAAAGUCAGGAUCAGUUUCAGAGUCRAGCACAGGUGGCAGCUUCAGGGACAGAUGCGGGAAACUAUGUUGAAAGCGUGAGCGUGACUCUGUGGGAGGUCUUCAACCUGACUGAGCAGGACACUCAGAGGAGCCUGCAAGAGAGAAGACGGUYCUCACUUGUUGCAGUCAGCUCCAUGUCGAGUCCCUCUGAUUACGACACAGCUCCAGAUGUAAUUGAACCGGUUGAGAUGGUUUCGGUUGUUACAAGUGAAGUAGUAAAACCAGAAGACAAAGUGACUCCAAAGAAUGAGAAGGAAGAAAUGACUCCGCUGCAGCCUCUUAAGAAACUUUUGAAUGUCAAAGAGACUUGUGAAAGUAAACUGAGGACACCAUCUCCAAAACAUCUCCGUUCCCACACACCUUUAACAAGUACUGUAUCAGGAUCUGAGUCAGAGGGAGAAGAGGACAGGCGAGAGACAUUUGAAAUAUACGUGGCUCGAGCUGACUGCAGUCCAAAUUAUGGAAAUAAGGACAGUUUUGUUCUGAAAGAGGGUCAGUUUGUGGAGGUCCUGGAUUCUGUUCAUCCUGACAGGUGGCUGGUCAGAACCAAACCAACCAAAACUAAUCCCUCUCGUCAAGGAUGGCUGUGUCCAGCCUAUCUGGAGAAGAAGAGAAAGGAGACUUUCCCUCAAAGAAGAAUACCUCAAGAAGAUCUUGAUGGGAUUGGGUCUACGGGUGAAGAGUACAGAAGAGCUCUCAGUCAGCUGAUCCAAGGCCUGAUUGAUGGGGAAGAGGAAUUUGUAAAAGCGAUGAAGACGUUUAUCUCUCAGCAGCUCAGUUGUCUGGACCGCAGUCACCACGUCCCCGUGAACAUCCUCCACCACAAAGAGAUCGUCUUCAGGAACAUCAAAGAUAUUGUGUUCCUACACGAACGUUCUAUUCUUCCUGGUCUGAGAACGUGUGCUACAGAUGAUGAUGUUGCCAUGCAUCUGAUUAAACACACUGAAGACUUUGAGACAUAUCUUCACUACAUGGUGGGACAAGCUCAAGCAGAGGCCUGCAUCAGCGACAAGACUGUCCAGCAGUACUUCCAAGAGAUACAAGGAUCCGAGAAGUCUGAUGCUCCAGUCAUGGAUGUCCUCACUUUUCUUCAGCAACCAGUGGAGAGGAUUCAAACCUACCAGGCUUUACUAAAGGAGUUAAUAAAGAAUAAAGCUAAGAGUGGUCAGACCUGCUAUCUGUUGGAGGACGGCUUCUCAUUGGUGUCCUGCUUGCCUUGGAGGUCUGACAACAUGCACCACGUGUCCCUGAUUGAAAACUAUCCAGCUCCUCUCACUUCUCUGGGUGAGCCCGUGCGACAGGGAGUCUUCACAGUGUGGGAGGAAKCUCCAGAAAUGAAGACUACCUCUAGAGGGCAUCAAAGACAGAUAUUUCUCUUUAAAGAAUGCAUUGUACUGUGUAAGCUAAAAAAAGACACCAGCUUGAACCGGGACUCAUACACCUUCAAGAACAAGAUGAAGUUGAAUGAUGUGGAAAUCAAAGAGACAGUGGGUGGAGAGGACAGGUCUUGGGGUUUGUGGCACGAGCACCGAGGGUCUAUUCGGAGGUAUACACUUCAGGCCCACUCUACACUUGUUAAAGUCUCCUGGCUGAAAGACCUGAAAGAUCUGCAGCAACGCUCCAUCCUGGUCACUACCAAACCUCCAGUGUUUGAGUUGCUGCUAUGUGACUGUACAACACAGAUAGGACAGACCAUCAAACUGACCUGCAGAGUGUCAGGAUCUCCAAAACCUGCCAUCAACUGGAUUAAAGAUGGUCUUCCCUUGGAGGAUGACCCACAUCACAUCAUCACAGCUGACCGGUCAGGAACAUGCAACCUGGUACUGGACUGCCUCACCUCUGAGGACUCAGGACAGUACAUGUGCUACGCCACCAGCUCAAUGGGCAGAGCUGGAACUUUGGCUAAGGUGUUGGUUCAGGCUCCACCCAGGUUUGUGAGUCGGCUGGAAAGUGCCUGUCUGAUAGAGGGAGAAGAUAUCCAGUUCUCUUGCUCCACACGCACCGCUCCUUUACCCAGAAUCAGGUGGUGGAAAGAUGGCAGGGAGUUGAAAAGCGAUGAUAAAURUUCUAUUGUGAAUGAYGCCCGAAGUGGAAUCUUGUCUCUAACAGUCACUGGGGCGACAGAGGCAGACAUCGGACAGUAUGAGUGUGAGCUCUGGAAUGAACUUGGCUGUGUCAAGUGUAAAGCAGGUCUUUGUCCCGCUUUUGUACCACCGGCCGACAUCGACAGUGACCAACCCCAGGACUUACCUGCUAAAGACGCRGACCAAGAGGGCUGGUCCACUGCCUUUGUGAAGAAAUGGCUGCAGACUGAUUUCAGCCCCACUUUUAUUGCAAAUAGGCUGUUUUCUCCUGGAGAAUCUGAACAUUCUGCCAUGGAUGCUCACUCCCCACCAUCGGAUCGAGCAGAACAGCAGGCUCCAUGCUAUCUUGAGGAAGAAGAAGAACUCUUCAUCACAGAGCCCAUGCAGGAAAUCACAGACGCUCCUCCUUUCAUCCAAGUUCCURCUGAGGACCUGAGCGUAGACCCAGGUCAAGCAGCAACAUUCACAGCCAUCAUCACAGGAAGACCCACUCCUAGGAUCCAGUGGUACAAGGAUGGAGAGGAACUUGCAGCCAAUGAGAAUGUGAAGAUAGCGCAACACGGCGCCCGCUGCUCGCUGACCAUAUCGUGCCCUGAGGGGGAGGACAGUGGUGUUUACACCUGCUUCGCUCACAAUGACUCUGGCCACGCCUCCUGUGAAGCUCAGCUAUCAGUUGAGGAAGGUCUGCUUGAUUCUCAGGAACGAGAAGUGGAGCUGGGCAAGAGAAGGAAGUUAUUCUCUGUCUAUGACGUCCAUGAGGAAAUUGGAAGGGGAACCUUUGGGGUGGUGAAGCGCGUCAUCCACAGAAGAACAGGGGAAGUGUUUGCCGCCAAGUUUCUGCCUCUGCGGAGCAGCACUCGGACCAGGGCCUUCCAGGAGAGGGACCUCCUGUCCCGUUUAGCUCAUCCCAGAGUGGCCUGUCUGCUGGACUUCUUCUGCACCAAACGCACGCUGGUGUUGAUCACAGAAAUCUGCUGCUCUCAUGGACUUCUAGACCAUUUAUUACUGAGAGGGUUGGUCUCAGAAAGAGAGGUUCGGUCAUAUAUCCAACAAAUUCUAGAAGGAGUUGGUCAUAUGCACAGCAUGAAUAUUUUGCAUCUGGAUAUUAAACCUGAUAAUAUUUUGAUGGUGUAUCCUCCAAGAGAUGAGAUCAAGAUCUGCGACUUUGGCUUCUGCCAGGAAAUAGACACGUCCCGACACCAGUACUGUUUGUUUGGCACAUCGGAGUUUGUCGCACCUGAGAUUGUUCAUCAAGAACCCGUCACUGUGGCCACUGAUAUUUGGGCUGUUGGUGUCAUUGCGUAUCUGUGUCUUGUGUGCCGAUGUCCUUUUGUGGGGGAAACGGAUCGUGCAACGUUACUGAGGGUCGGAGAGGGAACUCUGCACUGGGACGCCCCUGACGUCACGUGCAGGAGCCCUGAAGUCAACAGUUUCCUUCGCAUGGUUCUUCAGCCAGAUCCAGAGAAGAGACCUUCAACCUUUGAGUGUUUGAGUCAUGAGUGGUUCCAGGAGGAACACGCAGGCGAGGACACUGAAAUGAUCAACACAAAGAGUUUAAAAGUCUUUAUCUCUAAAAGAAAAUGGCAGCGUUCUUUAACUUGCAUCGGGUCAGUUCUCACACUGAGGCCUAUUCCUGAGCUGUUAGAUGCUCCUCUUAGUGAAACUUCAGUGACGGUGCCCUGUGAGCCUCAGGAGCACAGCAGCACCUCCCUGAGCAGCGGCUCGUCGUCUGAAUACGACGAGGCGGACUCCUGGGAUUUUUUCCAACACUGCAGCCAGACCGAGGAGGAGGAAGAAACAGAGGAAGAGUAUGAUCCCUUAACGGAGAAGGUGCAGCUCCCAGAGCCAUUCACCAGACACCACCUGGUUGGAGAGGAGGAUGAGGUUGGCACGUUAGGGGAGGAGGAAGAGGAUGGGGAGAUGUUAGAAAGGAGGAGCGUUCUAGGGAGGAGUGCGAGCAGGCAGUCGCUUGCAUCAUCAACAACAUCAGAACAACUGACGCCUCAGAGGGAGCGACGCUUCAGCAAGGACAGCUCUCCGUCCCUCUGUCUCUCUGAUGGAGACGAGGGUUCGGGGAGCGACGGAGGGCGCAUCCCACGAGGGAGAGUCAUCCGAAGCACCUUCUACAACACCUCCCAGCAGCUCUCGCCGAUGUCUGCCAGACACAUGACGUUAAGAGACAAGUUCCAGGCCAAAAAGCAGGAGCGAGGCCGCAAGCCUCUGAGGAGGAGCCUCUCGGGACGUCUCAACGAGCCUCUCAUCGAAUACGUGGAGGACGAAAGCGAGAGUGUCCGCGGACAGAGGCGGGGAUCCGUCCAGCCCACCAUGCAGAAGUCCUGCUCGUUCGACAGCGGAGUGGGGCUUCUCCAGGCCAAUCUGCCCCCCCACAGAAGGAGCAGGUCUCUAGAUGAUCAUUCCCGACGAUCGACCAGCUCACCCAGCCGUGCAAAGAGUGAGGAAGAGGGCUCCCAGAGUACGAAGGACGACUUCACAGACGAUGAAGCUGCAGGGGGAAACUCGCUGGCAAGCMCACAGCAGGCCACGAGAAGAAGAGGCUCUGUUGCUCCAGGACAAGACCACGGGCCAUCUCCUCCUUCAGAGUUCCUUGCUGGAAGCAGAAUGAUGUCCAUGUUGGAGCAGGAGCAGGCAGAGGGAGAUACCUUCGCCAGCUCACAAGGGUCUUUGGCUGAGUCCUUUAUUUUGGAACAUGGUGGCUCUGAAUCUUCAAGUAGACUUGGGUCCUUUGAAGAGCUGAGUCAUCUUAGAAGGUACAGAUCAGGAGAAAGUGAUGAGUAUGAAGAGCAGGGCGAACCCCUCAUUUCACCUUCUCCUUACUCGUUUCAAGAAGUAAAGCCCAGAAGCUCGUUUCCUCAGGCGCCGCCACGUAAUCGCACGCGUUCCAAUCCAAACUUAGCAGCCAGAAGCAGAGGUUCCACCGACGUGUCACUAACUCCCAGUCCCAGUCCCAGCCUCUCCUCUCUGCAGGCUCCUGAGAGGCCUCCCAGAACCAGGGACAAGAAGCAGGGCUCUGGCCUCCAAAGGCACGCGUCCGCCCCAGCYCUGGAAGUCAGGCCAACCCCAGGAAAAUCGCCCAAGCUAGGACUCUUGAAGAUCUUCCGCAGGCAGUCCUGGACUGGCCAUUCCUAUUCACAACUGGAGAACACAGAGUUAGGGCCCACGCUGGGAGAGCUCAUGAAGCCUGACACACCUACAAUGUCUCUGAGGAAGAAGAUGAGAGCUUCAGCUUCCAGUCUGACCAAGCUGUUCUCCAGGUCCACCAGUAAGGAGGAUGUGAGCAAAGGAGGGCCAAUAGUAAAAGGAUCAGGUCCAGUCCCACCUGAGAGAGAACGUAGCAGUAGUCUUGACAGAAGAAGCUCAAAACUUUUGUCUUCUUUAAAAUUUCCAGCUUUUAAAAAGACAAAAGUUCGCCCCAACAAGGCUGAUGUGCUGCAGUUACAUGGAGGCGGAGUUCUGCUGGUGUGGAGGCCUGUUCAGUGUACCGACCGGGUCACGUACUGUGUGCAGUACUGUACAGAUGGUGGGGAGUGGACAGUUCUGUCAGACGAGGUGACAGACAGCUGCUACGCUGUGAAGGACUUACCCAAAGGUGCGUCUUAUGUGUUCAGGGUGGGCUGCAUCACCAAGAYGGGAGCAGGACCUUUCAGUGACACUUCAGCUCCCAUUGUCAUGCCAACUUAUCCUGAUGAGAUCUGUAUUCAGAGAUUCACGUCACAGAGCUGCUGCUGCAGAUUGUGAGYGCCGUGGACUAUCUUCACAGCCGUCGGAUUAUCCACCUGGACCUGAAGUCGGACAACAUGCUGGUGGAUGACUGCAACCGCCUGAAGAUUGUCGACUUUGGCUCAGCUCAAUCCUUCGUACCCGGACAGCCUCUCAACAUCGAGCACAUCCACGGCCUCUCGGACAGCAAAGACUGUUGCAGGAAAGUUUAUAUUGUCCUUCCUAAAGCUCCGGAGAUCCUGGAGGGUCAGGGAGUCGGGCCUGAGACUGACAUUUGGGCUAUUGGAGUUCUGUCUUUCAUCAUGUUGAGCGCUGACAGUCCAUUUCAUUCAGACCUCAGCUGGGAGCAAGACAAAAAUAUAAAAAAAGGGAAGAUCCAGUUUGGACGGUGUUACCCYGGUCUGUCAGAGGGAGCAUUAAACUUCAUGAAGAGCAGCCUGAACAACAAAUCCUGGGGGAGACCCACAGCGGCCGAGUGUCUCCAGAACCCAUGGGUGCGCGCUCAUCGUGGCCCACUCAAAUCCAGAUACUCCAAAGUGUGUUUCUCCACAGAUAAGCUCAAAGUUUACCUCCAGCAGAAAGAGGAAAAACGAGAUCAAGUGCGCACAAAGAUUCAGGGUCCGUUCUUUCAGUGAAGCUACGAUGCCAAAAAAAUAAACUUUUUGAAAGUAAAUUUACAGCCUUACAAUAUUUAGUUURCCUUUUUCUGGUGCGCUAGAGCCAGAACUGCUUCAUGAAGUCUUUAUGUUUCCUGAUUCAAAACAUGCAAUGUGUCUUAAUAAGAUUCUGUGUGUACUUCUAUAAAAGGAUGUUUUUAUUUUUUUUCAUGGCUAGAGCUGGUGAAUUGCACWGAAAUGCAUGGGUUGUGAAAUUUAGAUGUUGCCAUCUCUGCUGCACAAGUUUGGGUUUAAAGCUAAAAUGUUUUCUUUAAUAUUCUGGAAAGUAUAAAAAAUACAGAAAUGUAUCAACUCUUUACGAAAUCACCCAUUUGUUUGCAAAUUUGAAGAUUUUCCUUGAUGCUUCAGUUGUUCUGAGUGACAGUAUAUUUAAUUUCUAAACUGACUCGGGCUAAAGAGUAAUGAACAAAAUAACAUCUAACUUGUAGAUUGGUCCUUGCAUGACAUUAUGGCAGAAUCUGUGCCUUUUUGUUACUUUUUACUGCAUUUGUUAGGAUCUGUGCCUUUUGUUAUUUUUGUAUUUGGUUCUGUUUUUAGUUUUUUCUGUUUAGUCUGUUAGUUUUGUUCUUGUUUCUGCCCCACCCUGUUCCCGUUCUGCUUCUGUGUGCAGGUGUUUUCAUUUCAGCCAAUUAGUCUGAUCCUUUAUGUACUGCUGUUUGCCUGUUUGAAGUAAGGCUGUUCUGAUUCUCUKUUCUUAGUCUGUAGGUUUUAGUUUCUGUUUUAUAGGUUGCUGCCAUGACAGCUUUAUGUUGUCUAUAGUCGGCAAAUAAAUUUUAGUUUUGUUUAACUCCUCA